AACGGACGUCUCGUGCGCGGCGCGCGGGUGGAGGCGCGUCGCGGCGAGCAGCGCGAGCCCGCGCUCUUCCUCAAGGCGGGCUUCCGGACGCUGGGGCUGCGCAACACGCUGGACUUCGCGCACUGCGCGGCGGCGCUGGAGGCCCUGGCGCGGCUGCACGCGACGUCGCUGGCGGCGGAGGAGGGCGACCGGCGCGCGCGCCGCCUCUCGCCCUGGCGCCUGGGCGAGCGCUUCCCCGACGCCCUCGAGGAGGUCAUGUUCACCGACGCCUUCCCCAACAUCCUCUCCAACUACAUCGCCUCCGCCGUCCGACCCAUCAAGACGCUCGUGGCGCUCAUGCCCAAGUACAAAGACUCGCCCAGGUACACGGACAUCAUGCAGCGCGCCGACCACCUGCCGCGAAUCGCGCAGAAGCUCGUCAAGCCCUCGGACAAGUUCCGGAACGUGCUCUGCCACGGCGACGUCUGGAUCAACAACAUCAUGUUCAGGUACUCGUCGUGGGGCCAGGUGGCGGAGGCGCGCCUGGUGGACUUCCAGCUGACGCGCUACGCGCCGCCGGCGCUGGACGUGGAGAUGCUGCUGCAGAUGUGCACGCGGCGCGCCUUCCGCGACGCCCACGCGCACGAGCUGCGCGCCACCUACUACGAGGCGCUGGAGCGCGCGCUGGAGGGCGCAGGCUUCGACGCGCGCCAGCUGCUGCCCCGCGCCGAGCUCGAGGCCUCCAGCGCCACCGGCGCGGCGUUCGCGCGCAUCGCCACGGCCUGCUACUUCCCGGGCGACCAGCUGCCCGCGGACAUCAUGGGCCCCGUGAUGGCGUCGGAGGACGUGCUGGAGCGCUACAUGCAGGAGGAGCGCUGCCCCUACGUGCGCGACGCGUGGGCGCGCGACGCCGACUACAGGGACCGCGUGGGUUAUCACAAGGCUCGAUGGCAAACUGGUGAUGAAUGA